CAACUCAUUUAUGGCUGAAAAGGCGCAAAAGGGACGACGUUUACUCUCUAUAGAUGGUGGUGGCGUCCGGGGAUUGUCCGCGUUGCUUAUCAUCCGCGAUAUUAUGCGCCGCAUCCAGAUCAGGGAAGGAUUGCACUCUCUUCCUCGGCCGUGCGACUACUUCGACCUCAUCUGCGGCUCUGGCACGGGCGGGCUCAUCGCCCUCAUGCUCGGUCGUCUCUGCCUGCCCAUAGACGAUGCCAUCGCUAGCUUUAAAACGUUUGCCAAGGAAGUCUACGGUGAAGGUCGCAAGCGUUUUAGCAAGGAGAGGUUCAAAGCCACUGUGCUUGAACUCGCCUCCAGAGCUAUCGUUUCGAGGGUCCUUGACGAUGAGAAUGCCCGCCUGUUCGAUGAUUUCGCCGCCGCCAAUAACGCCUGCAAAGUAUUCGUCUGCGCCAUGUUUGCUGAUAAUCUUAACGCGAGUAGCCCCACCCUAUUGCGCACGUAUCGCGCUAGGAACAACACGUCCUCCAAUUUUACAAUCUGGCAAGCUGCACGUGCGACAAUGGCCAUGCCUGGCGACUUUAAACCUGCCACUCUCUCAGGCGAGUUCGGAUUGCAACACAGAUUCAUUGAUGGAGGGGUUGGCUCCAACAAUCCCAGCCAACUUGCGCUUCGGGAAGCAGAGUCAAUUUUCCCGGGUGAUGCUCUAGCCGUCCUAAUCAGCGUAGGGACCGGCCGCUCAGAAAUCAUCGCUGAUUCUGCACACCAAAUGGCUGCAGCCUCUGAUCCAUCCGCGCUUAUGCAAAGGGUAGCUGUUGAUUGCGAGAGAGUAUCAGACGAACUCACAGGUCGAUUUUCUCAACGCCCGGGUGCAUACUAUCGAUGCAGUGUUAUACAUGGAACGGAGGGUGUAUCUUGGGUCGAUGCGAAGGCGCUGGAUACAGUGGUGACUCAGACUUCACGCUACCUGGAGGGGCUGCGUAUCAGCGCCGAGCUCGAUUCCAUGGUGGAGUCGCUACUUGAUGUCCGUGCCCGUGCAGUGCUUGCAGGCCACAACUUAAUCUCUUCUGCUACCAUAAGGGUGCUCAAAGUUGUACCUUCCGCUACCCCUACAUUCACUGGGAGGCACGAAACCCUUUCUGAGAUGGAUGUAUACUUCGGAGCUGGCUCUAGUUUAGCUGCUACCUAUCGAAAGGUCUUCGUGCUAUAUGGUCCGGCGGGUGUGGGAAAGUCACAGUGUGCAUACAAAUUUAUUGAGGUAUCUCAGGCUCAAGACGAUCCACGUUUCUCACACGUGUUCCUUAUAGACGCAUCUUCUGAACGAUCUAUCAAGGCUGACCUUACUGAUCUCGCUAUCAAUGGAGGCGGCGUCCGCGGACUAUCUGCGCUGCUUAUCAUUCGCGAAAUCAUGUACCGUAUCCAGACCGAGAAGGAGCUGCCCUCUCUUCCGCGUCCGUGUGACUACUUCGACCUCGUCGGCGGCUCGGGCACGGGCGGACUCAUUGCGCUCAUGCUCGGCCGUCUUCGGAUGUCCGUCGACGAUGCCAUUGCUACGUUUGAAACGUUCGUCAAGGACGUCUACGAGCACGGUCGAAAGCGUUUCGGCGAGGGGAAGUUCAAGGCUACUACGCUUGAGCUCGCCGCCAAGGCUAUCGUGGCGAACGUCCUCAGCGACGCGAACGUCCGUAUGCUCGCGGAUACGACCACCAAUGACAAUGCUUGUAAUGUGUUUGUUUGCGCCAUGUUGGCUGAUAAUAUGAAUGCUGGUAUUCCCGAGGUGCUGCGUACGUACAGUGUUAAGGCCAACGCGUCCCCCGAUUAUUAUAUCUGGGAGGCCGUGCGUGCCACGAUGGCUAUGCCUGGUCAUUUUAAGCCGGCUGCCCUCACUGCUGGGCAUGUGCACCAUCACUACAUUGAUGGCGGUGUAGGGGCAAACAACCCCAGCCAGAUUGCCCUUCGGGAGGCAGAGGCUCUCUUUCCGGGUGAUGCCCUCGCAACGUUGCUGCGCUUAUGCAAAGCAUGAUUGUCGAUUGUGAAAGAGUAUCAGAGGAGCUUGCAGCUCGGUUUUUGGAAUGCCCGGGUGCAUAUCACCGGUGCAGUGUCACCCAUGGAUUGGAGGAUGUCUCCUGGGUACAUGUGAAGGGGUUGGGCACAGUGGCUGCCCACACUUCUCGUCACUUGC